CAGCCGGCCUGGCCCACACACAGACCCCCACCUGUGACCGUCCAUUUCAGCACAGCCCGGCCUCAGCCACCGCCCCAACCCCAACCCCAGCCUCAGCCACACCCAUGGCUCAGACGCUGGCUCUGAGGCUCCUCGUCCUGGUGCUGGCCCUCUGCAUCGCCCAGAUACAAGGCAGCGACGGCGGUGCCCAGGACUGCUGCCUCAAGUACAGCCAGAGGAAGAUUCCCCACAAGGUUAUCCGCGGCUACCGGAAGCAAGAGCCCAGCUUAGGCUGCCCCAUCCCAGCUGUCCUGUUCCUGCCCAGGAAGCGCUCUCAGCCAGAGCUAUGUGCAGACCCCAAGGAGGCCUGGGUGCAGCAGCUGAUGAAGCGUCUGGACAGCCCGCCAGCCCAGGGCUGUAGGAAGGACAGAGGGAACCCCAAGUCUGGAAGGAAGGGAAAGGGCUCCAAGGGCUGCAAGAAGACUGAGAAAGCACCACCAGGGCCGUAGCCCACUGACGGCCCGCAGCCCGGCCUCCCCAGAGCUCGGCGCCCAGCUCAAGGGGCGAGAAGGUCAGAAGACAGGAAGCAGUCGGGCCCAAGAAGCCACCCCAUGCUGGCCUUGUCACACCCCUCUCCUGCUGCCACCUCCCUCCUGCACUCCCUUCCCUCCCUUGCAUGGCUGAGCUGCCCACACAGAGCCAGGCCCAGAGAGGCAGAGGAAAGAGAGUCCCCCGGGGCGCGGGAGAGGAGACAGCGGGACUGUCCCCUCUGGUGGGUCACCCAGGGCCCUAGACCUGAUGCUGUUCCCCACUGCAGCCUCUCUUCCGUAUAAAUGUGAGCUGUAUCUAGCCGAAUAAAGAGCUGUUCCAGACUUCUACCCAAA